AUGACCAAGGACAACACCUCUACCACCAUAACACAACCACUCUCCAAAAACGCCCAAAAACGCGCCGCAAAAGCCGCGUACUUACAAGAAAAGAAGCUCGAGAGACGAAAACGAGAGAAGGCCGUGAAGAAGGAGAAGAAACGCGCUCAGAGGGAACGCGCCGCUGCUACUCGAACAGGCGACGAGGAUGCUGAGGAUGUGGACCAUAUUAAUGAACCGGCGAGGAAGAAAGUCAAGCCAAGUGGGCCUGUUCGAACGUUCAAAGCGCGCGUAGUUAUAGACCUUGGGUUUGAUAGUUAUAUGACGGACAGGGAAGUAGCCUCUAUGAACUCCCAACUUGCCUUUUGCUACUCCGCAAAUCGACAUGCCACAUGCCCCUUCGAAACACUAUUAUUCACUUCUCUCAGUGGACGACUCCGUACUCGACUCGAAGAGCAGAACAAUGCAGGGUAUAAACGAUGGACGAGUUGCGAGUGGUGGGAUGAAGGAUAUGAACGCCUAUGGAGAGAUGAAUCGACUACGGAAAACACGAGCGAAGAUGAUGAAGUAGAGGUGGAUAAAGGGAAACGGUCGAGAAGCUCGAAGGAAGCAGUCGUCUAUCUUACAGCAGAUGCAGACGAUGAGCUAGAAGAGCUAAGAGAAAGCGAAACUUACAUUCUCGGAGGAAUCGUCGAUCGCAACAGACAUAAAUUCCUGUGCCAAAAGAAAGCCAAAGAAUCUGGCAUCCGCACCGCUCGGCUUCCAAUAGGGAAAUAUCUUGCAGAGAUGAAGACUCGUAAAGUCCUUACAGUGAAUCAAGUCUUUGAGAUCUUGGUACAUUGGACAGAGAAUAGGGAUUGGAAAGCGGCAAUUUACAGCGUCAUGCCUAAACGAAAAUUUAUUCAACCCUCGAAUUCUGGCGCUACUCAAAUUGACAGCAAAGAGGCUGUUGGACUAGAGGAGGUUGAAGGUGUUGAGGACGAUGAUGAGGGUGCAUCAGAACCUGCCAUAGCAGAGCCGUAA